AUGGAGCAAUCUGAUAGUAAUAGUGAUGAUCAUCAACAUCAUGUCCUCCUUUUUCCGUUUCCGGCGAAGGGUCACAUCAAGCCCUUCCUCUGCCUCGCCCAGCUCCUCUGCGGCGCCGGCCUCCAAGUCACGUUCCUCAACACCGACCACAACCACCGUCGCAUCGACGACCGCCACCGCCGCCUCUUAGCCACCCAAUUUCCGAUGCUUCAUUUCAAGUCCAUUUCCGACGGCCUCCCGCCUGACCACCCUCGAGAUCUUCUCGACGGGAAGCUUAUUGCAUCCAUGCGUCGAGUAACCGAGUCGCUCUUCCGACAGCUUCUGCUCUCCUACAAUGGUUAUGGAAAUGGAACUAAUAAUGUUUCUAACUCCGGUCGCCGGCCGCCCAUAAGUUGCGUUAUUACAGAUGUGAUUUUUAGUUUUCCGGUGGAGGUGGCUGAGGAAUUGGGGAUUCCUGUGUUUAGUUUCGCCACGUUCAGUGCCCGUUUCUUGUUUCUUUACUUCUGGAUUCCUAAGCUCAUUCAAGAGGGCCAGCUUCCAUUUCCAGACGGCAAAACCAACCAAGAACUGUACGGCGUUCCCGGGGCUGAAGGGAUCAUAAGAUGCAAAGAUUUGCCAGGAUCUUGGUCCGUAGAAGCCGUAGCAAAAAACGACCCAAUGAACUUCGUGAAGCAGACGCUGGCCUCGUCUCGCUCCUCGGGCCUCAUUCUCAACACAUUCGAGGAUCUGGAAGCCCCAUUUGUAACCCAUCUCUCCAACACAUUCGAUAAAAUCUACACCAUUGGGCCCAUCCAUUCUCUGCUGGGCACCUCCCACUGUGGCCUUUGGAAAGAAGACUACGCUUGCCUGGCCUGGCUCGACGCUCGGCCGCGGAAAUCCGUCGUCUUCGUCAGCUUCGGGAGCUUGGUGAAGACGACAAGUCGCGAGUUAAUGGAGCUUUGGCACGGACUGGUGAGCAGCGGGAAAUCGUUCCUGUUGGUGUUGAGAUCGGAUGUGGUUGAGGGGGAGGAUGAAGAGCAAGUGGUGAAGGAGAUUUUGGAGAGUAAUGGAGAGGGGAAAUGGUUGGUUGUGGGGUGGGCGCCGCAAGAGGAGGUGUUGGCCCAUGAGGCCAUUGGUGGGUUUUUGACGCAUUCGGGAUGGAAUUCCACAAUGGAGAGCAUCGCUGCUGGGGUUCCUAUGGUCUGUUGGCCUAAAAUUGGGGAUCAGCCCAGUAACUGUACUUGGGUCAGUAGGGUUUGGAAAGUUGGGCUUGAAAUGGAGGAACGGUACGACCGCUCUACGGUCGCGAGAAUGGCAAGGUCUAUGAUGGAACAAGAAGGGAAGGAAAUGGAGAGGAGAAUUGCGGAGUUAGCGAAACGAGUGAAGUAUAGAGUUGGUAAAGAUGGAGAAUCGUACCGAAAUUUAGAAAGUUUGAUUCGAGAUAUUAAAAUCACCAAAUCAAGUAAUUGA